AUGGGCCUUUCCACCUUUCUCUUUGUCAGUUACAAAACCCUAAAGCACGGCGCCCCGUUUAUCCUUCGAUGUCUGGGACGUAUCAGUCGUAUCCUGAGCCCUAUCGCUACGUACCUGUCAAAGACCCGAAUCAUCGGUCCUUUACUCUCGGCUGUCAUCCGAUGCGGUUUCUUUCUCGGAUUCGUUGUCCUGCUCAUGAGCGAUCACCUGGUGAGGGCCGUGCUACGACGCUUUGCAGGACAGCAUCCCACCAAGCGAGAUUACUGUGCCAUGGAUCCCGUCAUUAACAUGUUUGACGAUAGCAUUCCGCCUACCAAGAGUUUGGAGAGCGGUGAUCAGUUCAAGAUGCGAAAACGCUUGUGCGAGCAACAAGGCGAUGACGUUAACGCCGUGAUGGAUCUCAUUAAGCGACCUCGAUAUUCUCUGUCCUUGGCCUAUACCGUGGCUGUAGCCAGUAAACUGGUUUAUGAAGACAUUGCUGUCAUCAAAUAUGAGCUAGAAAAAGCUGGAUUCGAUGUGGAGAAUACGUUCAAACCCAUUGCUUACAAGAAUAUCUGCGCAUUUAUUGUGGAAAAGAACGACGAUAUUCUAUUGGUGUUCCGAGGCACCAACCCAUUGAACAUGCAAAAUUAUGUCACGAAUAUCAAUGCACGCAUGGGAGAAAUCAAAGCGCCUUGGGGUCCCAUGGGGAAGGUUCAUAAGGGUUUCUGGGAUGCCAUGGGCGACCCGAUUCCUCGGCGAAAAGAGUCCAGGUCCCAUCCCGAACCCGAGGAACCACCGUCUACUUUACGCAUUGAAUUAAACAGUGCCUCUCUUUAUCGCACCAUCGCUUCCACUGUUCAGGCCGCCAUCAAAAUCAUCAAAUUCCUUACCCUGAACCUCUUCCACCAUGUAGCCGAGCCCGUCGACAGUAGCUGGAUUGGACCGGAUAUUGAUAUUCGGACACGCAGCAUGUACGCCAUGGCGGAAAAAUAUAUUCUGGAACUGAUUGCCAAAGAUGGAGGUCACAUGGCCGACGCGGAGGUACCCACCACCAAGGAAAUGCGUCGACGAUCCGAUCAGAGUAACAGCAGUGGAGAACAAAAAAUCCGGAAAAAACGGUUAUUUAUUACCGGCCAUUCCCUGGGAGGCGCUUUAGGCACAAUUUUCUUGGCCAAGAUGCUUCAAUCCAAAAGCCCUCUGCUGGAACACUUUGCUGGACUCUACACGUUUGGUCAACCAAAGAUCGGUGAUGCUGGUUUUUCAAAGAUCUUCGAUCCCAAAUUAUCAAGCAAGAUUUUCCAUCACGCUUACAAUAACGAUAUCGUACCACGAGUACCGACAUGGUCUAAAUACGAAACGCCUCCUGGUACACUUGUGUUUAUCGAUUCUGCUUACAACAUUACCAUUUAUCCGCCGAAUCCGUAUACCAACGAACCAGUUCCUGUUCGUCCGAUUUCUUUUCUUCAUCUUUCCGGUUUACUGAAUCGUUAUGUGAUCCGCCGACUUCCACGAGAAACGUUUGUGCGUCUCAUCUUUCGCGUGCUUUGCCCCUUUUUCAUGAAUGAUCAUUUUCCUUCGGAUUACUGUGCCAGUUUGAGACAAGGCACGGUUAAAUGGGUCAUCAUGGGCACAGGCGGAUUCCACGGUGGCGAAGAUAAGGAACGAUCCGCCGAAGCCAGAGCGCAUCGACGAUUCAGUAUCGUCAAUGUAGAAAAUCAUUCACCCAAGCACUAA